AGAUAUUACAGUCGAAAACCUUCCUCAAUCGAUUCCCACUCCUCUCUUUCAGCUGCUAACACAUAACAAGAUCACUUGGCAUGGAAAAAGCACAAACCAAUCAGGUAAACCCAACUCCAAAUAACAAACCUUCAGAACCUGUCUUAACGAAGCCAGCAACCAAAACAUGUCCUCAGGAGAAUCCGCCUCCAUAUCCAGGCAUCAUGGCAGCGACCUACUCGUUUUCCAAUGAGAACGCAGAGCCUCCUACGGUCAUCGUAGCGGAGGCCCCCCAGAGCAACCUGCCCCCAGCCUACGUGGAUGGCUCUGCAGCUGCAAUGGCGACCGACUUUACAGAAAAAGUUGUAAGAAGAGCCUUCAUUAGGAAAGUCUACAUAACUUUGAUGAUUCAGUUGGUGAUCACGGCUGGCAUCAUCUGCAUAUUCAUCUACUGGCCAUUACUUAACAACUGGUUGAUCUUGAACCCAUGGUUCACCUACACCACAUUGCCAGUAGUGCUUGUCCUCGCCAUUAUCCUCGCUUGCUGCACAGAUGCCCGUCGGAAAGUUCCGCUGAACUUCAUCCUUCUAGGAUUGUUUACUGUUGUAGAAGGCCUGAUGCUUGGUUCAGUAACGGUCUUUUUCACUACCAGUGCUGUCAUGUGGGCUGCGGGUGCCACUGCCUUUGUGUGCUUUAGCCUGACGAUAUUUGCCUUGCAGACGAAGUGGGAUUUCACGCUCAUGGCCGGAGUGAUGUGGGCUGUCCUCUGGUCACUCGUCUCCUUUGGAAUUCUCUGUGCGAUUAUUCGUAGCCAAUGGCUGUCCAUCGUGUAUUCUGCAAUCGGGACCUUAAUCUUUGCAGUUUAUCUCGUCUUGGACACUCAGCUGAUGUUGGGAGGAAAACACAAGUACAGCAUAAGCCCUGAGGAGUACAUCUUUGCUGCCCUGAACCUCUACCUGGACAUUAUAAACCUGUUUCUGUUCCUACUGCGAAUAAUUGGAAUGGCCCGGUAAAACGGCCAUCUUAAUAAUUUUGCCCCAUUGUCGGCUUCUCCGUCACAAACUAACCGCACUUUCUCAGCGGCUUUAAAUUCAUGCUAAGUUGUCACGCACAGCGAGCUUAAACCUUUAAACAGAUCUAAUUAUGGGUCUCAAAAUUUACUUUAUGGGAAAAAUUUAAUUCUUCAAUAAUGUAUAGUGAGCUAAAAUAGAAGAGCGAGUUCUGUUUGGCUAUCCGCCAGCUAUCCGCCUUUUAGUAAAAUGCAAUGUAAAAAAUGACACGUUCUGUUCCGCUGAAAUUUCUGUUUUAAUAAGAG